GGUAGAGUCAUUCAUCUUCAAAAUAUAAUAUAUGUCAUUCGUGUUUUUUCUGUUUAAUGUUUAUGUAAACGAAAGCUUUUAAAAUACAAUUAACGCGAAUGAAAUAAAUACGAUCGUGACAAUAAAUUAUUAAAAUAAUUUUUAAUAAUUAAGUAACAAUUAAACACACAAUGGGAAAGUCACGUAAUGGAAAGGCUGCAGUUAUAUUGACACUAAUUGCUUUCAUAUUUGUGGUUAUUGCGUUUACCACACCCAAUUGGCUUGAAACUGAUGGUAAAUUAGAGAAUCCAACAUUUAGAAAAAUAGGUUUAUGGCAAGUUUGUUUCCAAGGUUUUGAAGAUCCUCAUCAUCUAUAUGAUACCAGAUUUUAUGGUUGCUGGUGGGUUUUUGAAGAAGAAUAUUAUAUCAUUCAUGAUAUUCUUUUUCCUGACUUCUUUGUCGCAACACAAUUUUUCUUUACUCUUUGUAUGACGUUAUUGUUAAUUGCUGGAUCUUUAACUAUAACAUAUACUUGUUGUUCAAGAAACCAUGAAAAGUUUCAACUGCUUUUAUGGGCAACUGGUGGAUCUUUAUCAUUAUCUGGUCUAUGUGGUAUUAUUUCUGUAAUAAUAUUUGGUGCCAGGGGUGAUGGUCGCGAUUGGUUACCAAAUUGGGAGCACAAUGAUGUUAGUUGGUCAUUCGCUUUAGCAGUCGUUGGUAGCUUCAUAUCAAUUGCAGCUGGUAUAUUGUUCUUAAUCGAAGGGCGUAGAUAUAAAAAGAAAAUAGAAAGAAUAUUGAAUGAAGAACAAAAAACUCACACUACUAUUUAAUAUAUACAUAUUUCCAUAUAAUGAAUUUUGCUAUUUUUUUCAUAGAUGAGAUUACAUUUAAAUAUUUUUAAUGUUAGGACAUGUGUCCAAAAAAUAUGCGUCGCAUAAAUACAAAUAAGAAUCCGUCCAGACACAAAUGCAAUCGCUAUAUCUGAUAUAGUUAAUUGCAAUAUAUUUAUAAAUAUAUAUCAUUUAUUCUAGGAGAUAUACUAGAAAGACUAAUAAUUGUAUACAUGUUAAUAUAAUGUUAUUUUAUCAUUUUAUGUACCAUGUUAUGCAUCUAAAUUUAUAUAUAUAUUUUAAAACACUUUCACGGUUAUAUACUUUAACCCUUUGGGUGCUAAAUACUUUUAGCUAAAAUGCUUCAUAAGGACGGAAUACUUUAUUGCUAUUAUAAGUUCAGUUAAUUGAUUAUACUAAGUACAGUUAACAAUAAACAAUAAUCAUUAUUCUCUCAAAUGAAAUACCACAAGAACAAUUUUAUCAAUGCACAAAACAACAUUGCAUUAUUUGCAUUCAAUUGGCAAAUGCAUAUAUGCAUUUAUAGCAUUCAAAGGGUUAAAUCUUAAGAGGUUGUAGGAGAAAGACUAUAUAGACUAUAUAUAUAUCAUCAAAUUAUAGAGAAUAUUUAGAUAAAGUUCAUUGCAUUUUACAGACUGUAAAUCAUGUAUUAUUAAUUCCGUCCGUAAUAAUAUUAAUUUUUAUAU